AUGGCAUCCUACGAAGAUGAGGACCACACUCAGGAUUACCUUUUUAAGAUCGUUUUGAUCGGUGACUCUGCUGUUGGGAAAUCAAACUUGCUUGCAAGAUUUGCUCGUGAUGAGUUCUAUUCGAAUUCUAAGUCAACCAUUGGAGUCGAGUUCCAAACACAAAAGAUGGACAUUGAUGGCAAGGAAGUCAAAGCUCAGAUAUGGGACACUGCGGGUCAGGAACGAUUCAGAGCUGUGACAUCUGCAUACUACCGAGGUGCUGUUGGGGCCUUGGUGGUGUAUGAUAUCAGCAGGCGUCAGACUUUUGAUAGCAUCGGCAGAUGGCUUAAUGAACUCCACAGUAAGAGCUGUAACUUGCCUUCUGAGUCUUCUACUUAUGUUUCAAUGGGAUUUCCUCAAAUCAGACCGACAGUUUAUUGUAAAAACCCCCUCUCUCUCUCUCUCUCUCUCUCUCUCAUCAGUCCUUGCUCAAUAAUGACAUGGGAUCAUCAAAAUAAGUUGUUCUAGCAUUUUCCAGCAACAGAAUGUACCAUGCAAGUCCUCCUUUUUAAAAGGGUGUUUACACUUUUGGGCAGCUCACUCAGAUAUGAACGUCGUUACGAUUCUUGUGGGAAACAAGACCGAUCUCCAGGAUGCCAGGGAGGUCGGCACCGACGAAGGGAAGGCAUUAGCUGAGGCUCAUAGUCUGUUCUUCAUGGAAACUUCUGCGCUGGAUUCCUCCAAUGUAAAAGCUGCCUUUGAGACUGUUGUAAAAGAGAUCUACACCAUCUUGAGUCGGAAGGUUAUGAUGUCCCAAGAGCACAGAAAGCAGGAGCAGCAGCCUCCUUGGGUAAUGGGAUGGGAAACUGUGAUCUUACAGGGUGACACUGGAGAAGCCAAUGGGACUUCAAGAUAUUGGUGCUGUUCUUAG